CACUGAUGUGCGCUAAUGAGGCUGCAGUGAUGGGCACUGAUAGGCUGCACUGAUGGACACUGAUAGGUGGCACUGAUAGGUUGCACUGAUGGGCAUUGACAAGCAUCACUGAUGGGCACUGAAAGGCAGCACUGAUAUAUGACACUGAUAGGCCCUGAUGAUCACCGAUUACCGGCUCUCCUCUCGAGCUGUCAGCGUGACAGCUCGAGAGGAGAGAAAGAAAUGCCGAUAACCGGCAUU